UUUAUUACCGAAUUUCCUUUCCUUUGAGACGAUGGCGUUUUCUUGUUUUCAUUUUCGUGUUGUUUUGCUCGUAUUUUUCGCUUUGCUCGAAGGACAAAGAGGAUCGAAACCAGAAAGAUUCAUAACAAAAACAUCGAAMAAUGAGAGCGUCAGUUAUCAUAUGUUUUCUGCUCCAAGCGUAAAACCCGCCAUCAAAGCUUCUCUAACAACAGUUAAUGGUUUAGUGUUGCUAGGAGCGUUGCUAGGUAACAUACUGGUGAUCCACAUCGUGCGGUCAAAUGUCCGCAUGCGUACUACAACUAAUAUCCUGAUAGUCAAUAUGGCAGUCUCAGAUUUACUGAUCGCUUUGCUUUUCAUUCCAUCUCAGGUGAUCCAACUCUACAUCGGAUACUCGUGGCUCGGAGGAAACUUUGGCCUGAUCACGUGCAAGGUGGUCAUGUCUUCCCGACUGGUGUCUGUCGCCUGCUCAGUUCUCAGCCUUGUUGCCAUAGCGAUAGACAGAUACCAUGCGGUAGUGCGCCCCCUUAAGAGAAGGGCCACUUCUGAUAAGACCAAAUAUAUCAUCUUUGCCAUAUGGAUUCUGUCUAUUUCUGUGUGCAUCCCUCCGAUGAAGUCCUACAAAUUGAUCACACUGGACAGCGGAGCUUCGUUUUGUGUCGUCGUCAUGGCAACAGGCUUCAGCAAGCUCUAUAUCCUCGUUGGCUUCGUCGUGACGUUCAUUAUUCCAUUAUUAAUCAUGAGCACCCUUUACGCCAUCAUUGGACGAAAUUUGUACAUGCGUCGUGUCCCAGGAAAUCCACUCGAGGURUCUCAAGCGCAYGCGCUCAAGACAUCACGUCAUGUGACCAAGAUGAUGAUCACCGUGGUGAUAUCCUUUGCACUUUGCAUGCUGCCAAUCCAGAUUUACCUGUUGGUCCGGUUUUUCCACCCAGAUAGCUUGACAGCGGAGGAAAAGUUUUGGGGAAUAUCGAUAACCGCGCUUAUAAACAAURUAAACUGCUUCAUAAAUCCCUGUAUUUACGCGACUUUUAACGAAAAAUUCCGUCUUGGAUUCAAAAAAGCAUUGCUGUGCUGUAGUUCAAAGCAAGAUCAUAACGAGCAAUCCCACACGUCUUGGGAUUGCAAUGUGGUACUUCAAGGCCAAGGUUCUAGCGAAAACCAGGCGAAUAAUCAAGCUGUGAGAGGAAAAGGMCAGAAAAGCAACUGGUUUAGAAAACACCUUCACGAACCGGUGACCCUAAUCUCAAUAAACCAAAUUCAAAAUAUUUAAAACUUUAUCUUUAGGUUUUUAAGUUAAAAAUAGAAUUUUAUAUUCAUCCUAAGAGACAUUUUGAAAGUUUUAAUUGAUAAUGAGC